AUGGAGACAUUAAAGGAUUGGAUUUCCCAAGAAGCUGAGUACCAAAUUCAGGCCUCAGAAAUUAAGCAUGGGUUUCGGAAGAUACGAGCAGAAAGAGUCGAUGGAAGCGGAAGUGGUUCCGGUCGAGGCGGACGGACCUUCUAUGGAAAACCAGUUGAUGGAGGUGACAAAAGAGUCAAGAAAUGCCAAGUUUGCACAGAGAUCCACCCUAUUUGGAAGUGUACAAAAUAUCGAGAUCAGUCAAUAGAAGACAAGUGGAAAAUGGCAAAGAAGUUAGGUUUGUGCUACCGUUGCCUUGGUGACAAUCACUUAGGAAAUGCCUGCAAAUGGAACAGACAAUGUAAUAUAGACGGUUGCAAUGAGACCCACCACUAUUUGCUUCAUAGGCCAAGGGAUCCCUCUAAGGCACCCAGUAAGGAGAAAGAUGACAAUAUGAAGGUUGAGUCAGGACCAGGAUCUAAUACGGAGGGGGAUGACCAACGAAAGACAUAUGGAGCAACUCGAGGACAGGAAACAGAAUAUGUUGCUUUGCGAACAGUCCCAGUCAUUGUAAAGAAUGGAAACAAGAGGAUUCCUGUAAACUGUCUUUUGGACGAAGGCAGUGAUACGAGCUAUAUUAACGAAGAUGUUAUUGAGGCUUUGGGGUUGCAUGGAGCCAAAACGGAGAUUAAUGUGAAAGUGGCUAAUGAUGAAACAGUCACUUUUAUGUCAUCAACAUUUGAUGUCGGGUUGGAAAGUACUGAUGGUCGCGUGGACACCACAAUAACAGUGCAAUCGUCAAAGAAAAUUUGUGGUGGUAUGAAACCAGUCAAUUGGAUAAAGAUUAAACACAACUGGCAGCAUUUACAGAAGAUUUACUUUCCAAAACUAGUAACUGGACGACGAGUGGAUAUUCUCUUAGGAGCGGAUCAUCACGAACUGAUGUAUUCAAUGAAAGAAGUAGUUGGAGAGCAUGGUCAACCAUCAGCAAGGCUCUGUCCACUCGGGUGGACAGCGGUUGGAAAAGUGAAUGGUACUGAAUCGAAUGGAUCCCAUCAUACUGGGUUUCAUCACACGUAUUUGUUGAAUCAAGACAAGCCAUCGAUUGAAGUUCAUCAAACAGAUAGGAAUCUUGAUGAAAUGCUUAAGCGGUUUUGGGAUUUAGAGAACAUUGGAAUCACACACAAAGAAUCUCCCAUUUUAGAGAUGACACCAGAUGAGAAACUUGCUUGGACAAAA